CAGCUCUCCUCCAAGAUGGCGGCUCUGUGGCUCCAGUCUGUGUCUCUGCUCGUCCUGAUGCUCGUGUCCUGGUCGGGCUCCCAGGCCGUGCUCCCCCCGCAGCACCUCUGUGGCGCUCACCUGGUCGACGCCCUCUACCUGGUGUGUGGCGAGAGAGGCUUCUUCUACACCCCCAAGAGAGACGUGGACUCUCUGCUGGGUUUCCUUCCUCCGAAAUCGGGCGGAGCCGCAGCGGGCGGAGACAACGAGGUGGCCGAGUUCGCCUUCAAGGACCAGAUGGAGAUGAUGGUGAAGCGCGGCAUCGUGGAGCAGUGCUGCCACAAGCCCUGCAACAUCUUCGACCUGCAGAACUACUGCAACUGA